AUGCCGCCCCAGAUUAAACAAGACCUCAACCGGUCGGGCUGGGAGUCAACCGACUUUCCCUCCGUCUGCGAGAACUGCCUUCCCGAGAACCCCUACGUCAAGAUGCUCAAGGAGGACUACGGCGCCGAGUGCAAGCUCUGCACCCGCCCCUUCACCGUCUUCAGCUGGGCCGCCGACCGCGCCCACGGCCGCAAGAAGCGCACAAACAUCUGCCUGACCUGCGCCCGCCUCAAGAACUGCUGCCAGUGCUGCAUGCUCGACCUCUCCUUCGGCCUGCCCAUCGUCGUCAGGGACGCCGCCCUCAAGAUGGUCGCGCCCGGUCCCACUUCCGAGAUCAACAGGGAGUACUUCGCGCAGAACAACGAAAAGGCCAUCGAGGAGGGCAGCGGCGGUGUCGAGGAGUACCAGAAGACCGACGAGAAGGCCCGUGAGCUGCUGAGGAGGCUGGCCACGAGCAAGCCGUACUUCAGGAAAGGCAGGGCGGUAGACGGUGACGGGGCCUCUGCAUCUGGUGGCGGCAGCGGCAGCGGUGGGAGCAGCGGUGGGAACCCAGCAGUCGGCGCAGGUAUUGGUGGCCCCGGUCCUAUCCGCACGCGGGACUCGAGAGCUGCUGGUGCAGUUGGUGCAAGGCCGGGCGGUGCAAGCCGCAAAGGAGGGGCCUUUCCCAGCACGGCGCAGCUCCCACCGUCUCCGAAGGACUGGCUGCCGCCGGCUGACAAGAACAUCAUGUCCUUGUUCGUGACAGGCAUCGAGGACGACCUCCCCGAACAUAAGAUCCGCGAUUUCUUCAAGGCGCACGGCAAGAUCAAGUCGCUGGUCUGCUCACACAUGUCCCAUUGCGCAUUUGUCAACUACGAAACACGAGAAGCCGCGGAGAAGGCUGCUGCUGCUUGCCAGGGACGAGCCGUCAUCGCUGGCUGCCCACUUAGAGUGAGGUGGAGUAUGCCCAAGGCUGUUGGGACGAUGGACCGCGAGGAGCGAGCCGAGAUGCUGAGAGAUGGGCGGUCAGCGUUCCCCGAGGCCAGGAAAGCGAGGGGCGGUCCGAAUGCGAUCGCGGGCGGUAGCAGUGCAGGAGCACUUCCGGCACCGGGAGGGCAGGGGGAUCUGGCUGCUUUGUCCGUCGCCGCACCACCAGGAGCUGCCGAUGUGCAGUAUGCUAGUUUAGCUGGAAACUGA